AUGCGCGUCACUCGUACAAAGACCGGUAAACUACCGACCAAAGUCGCCCGCGAUGAUGUCGUCUCCGACUAUGAGUCUCCUCCCCCCAGCCCAAUGAGCGCCGCCUCCGCUACAGCUAUCGAACCCACACCCGAGCUUCUCCAACCUGAACCCAUUGUCCCCAUGGAGUCUGCGCCAGUCUUCCAGACCAUCAAGUCCAACAACAAGAUCGAGAGUGGUCUGGCCAUCGUCCGCGAUCUCGGCGGUGGAAGAUACGAGAUUAUCAGCCUGAAGAACGUUGAUUCAGAGGCAUUCUCGUCGAAGGAGACCGGUGUUCUAAUCAAGGCGGAUGAUGCGAGACAUGCUGCUAUCAAGCUGGGCAAGGAUGAUUGGGAGGCUGCGGCGUUCAAAUGUGCUAUGGCUAUUGGUAGCGCUGAUAAGACUAUCUUUCGAUUUCGCAAGUUGCCGAUUGAACUUCGCUACCGCAUCUAUGAUUUCGCUAUUGCUGGAUACAAGGUCCUCCGACGUUCCUGGAAUGGCGAACAAGCUGCGAAAACCGUGGGAUUCAACCUUAUGAUUGCCAGCAAAGAGAUUUAUGAGGAGACUAAGCCGUUCUUCUAUAAGAACAACUUCCGGAUCGGCCAAGAAAGCAAGCUAUGCUCAUCAAUUCCUGUCAUAUGCCGUGAUUCCCUGAAGGAGGUUACGUUCGAAUGGUUUGGAUGGGGACGCAAGGAUAGGACUUCCUGGGAUAUCAUCAUGCUUUGCCUCCCGAAUGUCAAGAUCCUCAAUCUACGUAUUACGCACUGGGCUAUCAGCCACCAGUGGCCUAAUACACUCGGCCAGCAGGAUAUGCAGGUCAAGAAGUUCGUCCAAACCAACCUCUUUGAACAAGCAGUUGCUGACUCCUCGUGCCUUACAGAGGGAUUUUCGGAGAUCACUGGUGUGCGGGGCCUUGAUACUGUCCGAGUGAUAAACGAGGGUCCUCGUAAAGCUCCAGCACACGACCUGUCCCAAGAUGAGCUGAAGGCUUUUCAGGAUUAUUUGACUGAGAAGUUGACGAUGCCUAAAUACGUUCCACCCCCGCCACCUCCUGCCCCAUUCAAGCAGGCUGCCAAAGUCACCAGAAAGACUGCGGCACUUUUGAAGGUCAAGAAAUCGAAGCGAAAAAACUGGGAGGACGAUUCCGACUAUGAGGGCUAG